GGUCAGGUCUGCCGCUCGUGCCCGCGUCCCGUCGCGCUCUCCGCCCACCUCCGUCGACCGAGCGGCGCCUGGGGCGCGGGUGUCUCUCUGGUGGCGAGAGCGGUGCCCCAGCGCGAUGAGGCGGGUGGCGCUGAGGUUUUGUACCUCAAGCAAGGGGCAGUUUAUUCCUGCCAGAGGGCUGAAUCGUGGAUCCCAGAAUCCUGAGAAACAAGGAGUGUUGAACCUCCAAGAAGCACGGCCACCUAUACAUGUGAAUCACGUUCGAGAUAAGUUGCGGGAGAUAGUAGGAGCAUCCACAAACUGGAGGGACCAUGUAAAAGCAAUGGAGCAAAGGAAAUUACUUCAUAAUUUGUUGCCUAAAUCACAGAAAGAACUUCCACCUAAGAGAAUGAAAGACAGUUAUGUUGAUGUUCUCUUGCCUUUGGGCAGUGAGCCUAAAUUACGAGAGAAAUAUUUGACGGUUCAAAACACAAUAAGAUUUGGCAGAAUUCUUGAGGAUCUUGACAGCUUAGGAGUUCUUAUUUGCUACAUGCACAACAAAAAUCAAUCAACUGAGAUGUCUCCUUUAUCAAUAGUUACAGCCUUGGUGGACAAGAUUGAUAUGUGUAAGAAGUGCUUAAGCCCAGAACGGGACAUCAAGUUCAGUGGCCAUGUUAGCUGGGUUGGGAAAACAUCCAUGGAAGUGAAGAUGCAGAUGUUUCAGUUACAAGACAAUGACUUUUGUCCAGUUUUGGAUGCAACAUUUGUAAUGGUGGCUCGUGAUUCUGAAAAUAAAGGGCCGGCAUUUGUAAAUCCACUCAUCCUUGAAAGCCCAGAGGAAGAAGAACUUUUUAGACAAGGAGAAUUGAACAAAGGGAGAAGGAUUGCCUUUAGCUCCAUGUCGUUACUGAAAGUGGCUCCCAACGCUGAGGAGAGGACCACCAUACAUGAGAUGUUUCUUAGCACGCUGGAUCCAAAGACUGUAAGUUUUCGAAGUCGAGUUUUGCCCCCUAAAGCAGUGUGGAUGGAGAAAUCAAAACUGAAGGGCUUGGAAAUUUGCCACCCUCAGGAGCGGAACAUUUUCAAUCGGAUCUUUGGUGGUUUCCUUAUGAGGAAAGCUUAUGAACUUGGAUGGGCUACUGCUUGCAACUUUGGUGGUUCCCGACCAUAUGUAGUAGCAGUGGAUGAUAUCAUGUUUCAGAAACCUGUUGAGGUUGGAUCAUUGCUGUUUCUUUCUUCGCAGGUUUGCUUUACUCAGGGCAAUUAUAUUCAAGUCAGAGUUCACAGCGAAGUGGCUUCUCUUCAGGAUAAAGAGCAUAUGACCACCAAUGUCUUCCAUUUCACAUUCAUGUCAGAAAAAGAAGUGCCCUUGGUUUUCCCCAGAACAUAUGGAGAGUCCAUGUUGUAUUUAGAUGGGCAGCGGCAUUUCAACUCCAUGAGUACUCCGGUGGCCUUGAAAAGGGACUACGUUGUGGGGCCCUAGGAAAACCAGGCUUGUUGAAGACUAACUCUCCAAGUGAUGUGUAGUGCCUGACGAAAGCCUACUCGAGUAUAUUGGUUUUAUUUUCAUCUUCCGUAGAGAAGAAGAAUGCAUUCUGCUUUUAGAAUUAUCAGAAAAGCAGAAUGAGGGAGUGACUGGGUGGGGCAGAGGAGGAAAGAAUUAUUAAACAAUAAAUAUUUUCCAGACAGUUUUA